AUGUCUUCCAGGACGGAAGUUGAACCGCAACUGACAUAUGGUCGUAAAUCAUUUAAAUUAGAGGAUUACAAAAGAUUUAAAAUUUCCUCAAAAUGUUUUAAGCAGCAAUAUUGUAAUAUUUAUAUCGCAAGAUUAAAAGCAUUAAAAAAUGACCUUUUGCAAAAAGUGAAGAUUAAAUGGGCGCAUAGUGAAGUAGUUACAUUAUCACAACUUUGUGAAAGAAAUCAAAACGAUACUUGUAUUGUAAUAGGCACUUUGUACAAACAUCAAGAGUUAAAACCAUCGAUAUUACGUGAAUUUAGUCAAGAACUUAAAUUAGUAAAUCAACCAGCUAGAUUAAAUUAUGCAUCGUUUAAAGAUAUAUUGUAUUUAGAAGAUGAAACAUUACGUAUUAAAUUGACUGGUAAUCAUAUAAAUAUUCAAGAUGUAGUUACUGGUAUUGUUUGUGCUGUAUAUGGUCAUGAACUGGAUGGUACAUUUUCAGUAAUAGAUUGGUGUUUUCCAGGAUGUUGUCCACAAUUAUCUAUACUUGAUCAACCAUUAGGAAAAGAAGAAAAAAUCUUAAUAAUUUCUGGUUUAGAUUUUGCAAAUAAUUUAAAAUCAUUAGAUAUAAAUUUAUUGUUUGAAUGGAUUACUGGAAUGAUUGGUUGUAAAGAGGUUUAUAAAGAAGUGGCAUCUAUCAUAUGUAUUAUUAUAGCAGGAAAUAGUGUAAGAGGAUCUGUGGAAACAUAUAAUUAUAGAAAAUAUUUUGAAACUAAGGCACAUAAUGAAGCUAUAUUCAAAGAGACUGCAAUGGUGAUGCAUACAUUAGACAAUUUUCUCCAUCCUAUAGCACAGUGUUGUCCCAUAGUAUUAAUGCCUGGAGAAUUUGAUCCAACCUGUCAUACUUUACCUCAACAAGCACUUCAUCCAUGUAUAUUACCACAAUGUUCUAGGUUUAAGAGUUUUCAUGGAGUUACUAAUCCAUGGAUUGGUAGUAUAAAUUCUCGUAUUAUUGCUGGAUCUAGUGGUCAACCUAUUAUGGAUAUUAUGCGUGUUGCUGGACUUGCUGAUAUUUCACCUUUAAUGUGGUUGGAACGUACAUUACUUUGGCGACAUUAUGCACCAACUGCACCAGAUACUGUACCAACUUAUCCAUCAGAAAUUGAUCCAUUUAUUAUGACAGAAUGUCCUGAUAUAUAUUUUGUUGGUAAUAUGGACAAGUAUGAUACCAAAUUAUUCACAACAGAUGAGGGACAACUAAUAAGAUUGAUUUGUAUUCCAAAAUUUUCUAAAACACAAACAGGCGUAUUAGUUGAUUUACAUGAUUUAAAAACCUGGCCUAUUUCUUUUACUGUGAAUUAA